AUGAUAAUUCGACUUUCCGGAGGAGUUUUGAUGCAAGGCCAAUUGAAAAAGAAAGCUCAGAGGUUGAAGAUCAUUGGUUUUUCUAGUAUAAAUAAGGUCCCAGAAGAUGUUUACAUCAAAGUCCUAUUCUGUGGGGUUUGCCACACUGAUACACACCAGGCAAAAAAUCAACUUGGCAUGUCACACUAUCCCCCGGUUCCUGGGCAUGAAGUGGUUGGUAAGGUGGUGGAGGCUGGAUCAGAUGUGACCAAGUUCAGAGUAGGAGAUGUGGUAGGAGUUGGUCUCGUUGGUUGCUGCAGAAACUGCAACCCUUGCAACACAGAUAAUGAGCAAUACUGCAACAAGAAAAUCUGGACGUACGCUGACGUUUACACCUAUGGCAAACCUAUCCAAGGCGGCUUUUCCGGUGCCAUGGUGGUUGACCAAAGGUAAUACAUGCGUUCUCCCUUAAUUUUAUGGGAUCAGUUUAUCCUCACUUACAAAUAACGUAUAUUCAUUGUAAAAAUUUAUAAUCAUAAUCGUUUAAUCUCUUAAUCUUCAUUUGAAGAUCAUCCCUAGGAAAAAUCAUUCAAAUCUAAUAUCUUUUAAUCAUUCAACAUAUCAAAUAAAUCAAAGGUGUAGGUGCUAAGAAAUAUAUUCAUGAUGAACCAUUGAUUUAUUUCAUUCAUUUAGAUUACUACUCAUACCUGAUUCUUUUUUUCUUUUUUAUUAUUAUUCUUAUUAUUAUUUUUUAGAGAUUCAUUAUAACUAAGUGGACAAAUGAGCCUAUUCUGACCUACUCCAACCGUUGGAUAAAACUCAAAUUUUAGGUUUCAAACUCAACUCAAAUUGCUUCAAGUCUUAGGCCAAAAAUGAGUUUUAACCCAAAACUCAAUUUUGGAGAAAAUUCAGGCCAAGAUUCAACACUAGAUUAGUCGGCCUGGCUCACUUGUGUGCGUGGACAUGCCCUACACAAACACACACAUAGCGCAAACGCGCCCCAUGCCACCAAUG